AUGAAUGACGAGUUGAUCAAUAGUGCAGUGUCCUUUUUGAGGGACCCUAAUGUGGCAUCAGCAGCAUUAACUAAGAAAGUGGAGUUUUUGGAGUCUAAAGGGUUGAAUCAGGAGGAGAUUGAGGAAGCGUUGAAGAGGGUCAACGAACCGGAAUCAUCAUCUUCGACAAGCGUUACACCAUCGAGUAGCAAUACGACAACCACAUCUCACCAACAAUCACAGCCACAACAACAACAGUUGCCUAUUGAUUACUAUAACGUUGCGCCUCCCGUACCUGAAAGAUCAUGGAAGGAUUAUUUUAUCAUGGCAACAGCCACUGCAGGUGUAACUUAUGGAUUAUACCAAGUUGUGACCAAGUAUCUUGUGCCAUCGAUAAUUCCUCCAAGCCAGUCAUCAAUCGAACAAGAUAAGGAAGUGAUUAAUGAAGAGUUUAUCAAGAUAGACAAGAUUUUGGAGCAAUUAACGAAAGAACAAGAGGAGAUUAAAACUGCAAACGAGGAAAAGUUGAAGGAUAUAGAUACAGUCAUUGAAAACAUUAAUGAUUUCCUAGCCAGAUAUAACAAGGAUAAAUUCACCUUUGACGAUAAUUUGAAGUUGAUGAGAUUGGAAAUUGACAACUUGAGCAACUCGAUUGAAAAGAAUAUGAAGUUAAACAAAGAAGAUGUCAAUUAUGAGUUAAUCGGUCUUAAGGAUGAAUUGCAAAGUUUGAAAAACUUGAUUCAAGUGAGGGGAGCAAACUCGUCAGGCGGUAGUGCUGGUGCUGGUGUAUCGAAUGGAGCUUCCAACAAUGCUGGUAGAAAUAUAGCACCUGUAUCUUCUAUUCCAUCUGCUAGUGAGAUCUUGAAACGUGCAAAAGCCAAAAAUGAAGCUCCAACAGCUGCACCAUCGCCUUCAUCAGCAUCAUCUGCCCCAUCUGCAGCAACGACAACGCAACAGGCUUCAAGCACUCCAUCACAAGCGCCAGCCACGACCUCAAAGGACGAAACACCUAAACCAGAGGGAUCAGGGGACCGUCUUGGAGGCUGGUCAUUAGGCAAAGUUACUUCAGCAGGUAUUCCAGCCUGGCAAAUGAAGCAUAGAGAGCAAGAACUACACGACGAACUUGGCCAAGGAAACGAACUAUCCUCAUCUAUCCCAGCCUGGCAGAAAGACGGAGCUAAAUCAGAAACUAAAACAGAGGCUGAAAUUGAUGAAAAAAUCAAGAGUGCAGGAAUCCCCCCAUGGCAACUACCUUCAGCUGAAAACAAGUCUGCUGCUGGUGAAAAGUCAGACGAGAAAACCAGUGGAAUUCCUCUGUGGCAAAACGCUGCAUCUACUACAGGUGUGUAA